AUGGCUGUGGCCACAGCUCCAAAGCAAGCCUGGCCCCCAUGGCCCCCGGUCUUCUUCCUGCUCCUCCUGCCGGCGGUGGGGAGCAGCGGCACCUGCCCCACUGUGUGUGACUGCACCUCCCACCCCCAGGCCGUGCUGUGCGCCCACCGGCGACUGGAGGCUGUCCCGGGGGGACUCCCACGAGACACCGAGCUCCUGGACCUGAGUGGGAACCGCCUGUGGGGGCUUCAGCAGGGAAUGCUCUCCCGCCUGGGCCAGCUCCGGGAGCUCGACCUGAGCUACAACCAGCUCUCCACCCUGGAGCCGGGGGCCUUCCAUGGCCUGCACAGCCUACUCAUCCUGAGGCUGCAGGGCAACCGGCUGCGAAUCAUGGGACCGGGGGUCUUCUCGGGCCUGUCCGCCCUCACACUGCUGGACCUUCGCCUCAACCAGAUUGUCCUCUUCCUUGACGGCGCUUUCAGGGAGCUAGGCAGCCUCCAGCAGCUGGAGGUUGGGGACAACCACCUGGUGUUUGUGGCUCCGGGAGCCUUUGCCGGGUUGGCCAAGCUGAGCACCCUCACCCUGGAGCGCUGCAACCUCAGCACCGUGCCUGGCCCAGCCCUGGCCCGUCUCCCGGCACUGGGGGCCCUGAGGCUCCGAGAACUGGACAUCGGGAGGCUGCCGGCGGGGGCGCUGCGGGGGCUGGGGCAGCUAAGGGAGCUGGAGAUCCACCACUGGCCAUCUCUGGAGGCUCUGGAGCCAGGGAGCCUGGGCGGGCUCAAUCUCAGCAGCCUGGCCAUCACCCACUGCAAUCUGAGCUCGGUGCCCUUCCAAGCACUGCACCACCUGAGCUUCCUCAGGGUCUUGGAUCUUUCUCGGAACCCCAUCUCGGCCAUCCCAGCACGGAGGCUCAGUUCCCUGGUGCGGCUCCAGGAGCUCCGACUGUCGGGUGCCUGCCUCACCUCCAUUGCGGCCCACGCCUUCCAUGGCUUGACAGCCUUCCACCUCCUGGAUGUGGCAGACAACGCCCUUCAGACACUGGAGGAAACAGCCUUCCCUUCUCCAGACAAACUGGUCACCCUGAGGCUGUCAGGCAACCCCCUGACCUGUGACUGCCGCCUCCUCUGGCUGCUCCGGCUCCGCCGCCGCCUGGACUUUGGCUCUACCCCACCUGCCUGUGCUGGCCCCCAGCAUGUCCAGGGGAAAAGCCUGAGGGAGUUUUCAGACAUCCUACCUCCAGGGCACUUUACCUGCCGACCAGCCCUGAUCCGAAAAUCUGGGCCGCGCUGGGUCAUGGCUGAGGAGGGAGGGCAUGCUGUUUUCUCCUGCUCUGGAGAUGGGGACCCAGCCCCCACCGUCUCCUGGAUGAGGCCUCAGGGGGUUCGGCUGGGGAGGGCUGGGAGAGUAAGGGUCCUCCAGGAUGGGACGCUGGAGAUCCGCUCUGUGCAGCUCCGGGAUAGAGGGGCCUAUGUCUGUGUGGUCAGCAACGUGGCGGGGAAUGACUCCCUGAGGACCUGGCUGGAAGUGAUCCAAGUUGAACCACCGAAUGGCACUCUCUCUGACCCCAACAUCACCUCGCCAGGGAUCCCAGGGCCUUUCUUUUUGGACAGCAGAGGCAUAGCUAUGGUGCUGGCGGUUGGCUUCCUCCCCUUCCUCACCUCGGUGACCCUCUGUUUUGGCCUCAUCGCCCUCUGGAGCAAAGGCAAAGGCCGGGUCAAACAUCACAUGACCUUCGACUUUGUGGCACCUCGGACCUCUGGGGACAAGAACUCUGGGGGUAACCGGGUCACUGCCAAGCUCUUCUGA